AUGUCUCAUCAGCAGAGUAGAGUUCCGAAGUAUGCAGCAAAAUCUGUUCUGAUUCAGCUGCCACAGACUGUUCCACAAAUGAAGGUAAGGGCAAAGAACAACUUUUUGACUCAAAGCACACUAUCCCUGAAAUUCUUUUUGACAAGAUUGAUCACCGUGAUUACACCCCUAUACUUAGCAAGAAUGGCCACAAGAACCCUGAAAGAGUUUUUGUUUGAAACCCAAGAAAACCAUACAAAAGGAUUUGAGAAAACCAUACUAAGAGAUUUGGUAGAGAGCAUCUGGCAGGUGCUGUUGAGAUUUGGCACCCCAUCAAGAAAGUCUGUGUUUGGUUGGGCACUUACACCACUGCUGAAGAUGCCCCCGAGGCUUAUCUUUCUAAGAAGCUUGAAUUUGGGGCAACAACUCGUGGCCAAACAAGAAAUCAAACCAAUUGUUUUAUGGAACCAGCAGCAACAUCACAGUAGGCUCAAAUGA